AAAACUAAGGAUAAUUCGUUUUCGCAACACAAUCUUUAGCUUCAGAGAAAGGUUUCAAUUUCAAUGGCAGUUUCUUCUCUAUCAGCAACAUUUGUUCCUUCUGUUUCUCAAACCAAUUCUUCAACUUUAUUAUCUUCUAAACCUAAGUUCCAAUGUUUAACCUUUCUCUCUAGUAACCCAAAAUCUCUUCGAUUAUCAACCGCUGUUCAUGCUGCUCCAGAAGUGCUGAAUUCUGAGGUAACAAAAGAUGUUGAGUCUGGUAACACUGAUUUUCAGGUUGAUGAUUUGGAGACUCCAAGCACUUCAUCAAUUACCAUCGGGGAUGAUGCAGACUUGCUGGCACCAAAGCAGAAAAUCAGAAUCAAGCUUAGAUCUUACUUCGUGCCCUUGAUAGAGGAUUCUUGCAAGCAGAUAUUGGAUGCAGCAAGAACUACCAAUGCAAAAACAAUGGGUCCUGUUCCUUUACCAACCAAGAAGCGAAUUCACUGUGUCCUUAAAUCUCCACAUGUACACAAAGAUGCUCGGUUCCAUUUCGAGGUCAGAACUCAUCAACGUGUCAUUGAUAUUCUCUAUCCUACAGCUCAAACAAUAGAUUCUCUUAUGCAACUCGAUCUUCCUGCUGGUGUCGAUGUCGAGGUCAAGCUCUGAAGAUAUUUGCUUCAGGUUUAUAAGCAUCUUGAAUAUGAGUCAACUUCAACUUGCUACUAAUAGCAAAAGAGUAGAUAAUUGCCAGAUAUCAUGUAUUUCACUCUCUGAAUCCAUUUCUUUGAACUUUGAACAAUUCAAACGAUACUUUUGUUUGCGUUCGCUUCCUGUCUUCAACUAAGUUUUUAGAAAGUUUAUUCUUGUUGUUGCAUAGAUAUUUGCAUAUCCUAUCCUAUUCAAUGUAAUGUAAGUCUUGUAGUAUGACACAGCACAAUUAUGUUAUUCUUCCAAAUUAUGCACAUGAAUUUAUUUCUACUGAGUUGAAAUGCUA